UGCCAUUAAAACUUCAAAUGGAGGUCAAUACACAACAUUAGCCAUUUUACUCAAGUCAAACACGUUCGAGAAAGAUGAUGCCUUCAUUAUGUCCCUAUUAGACUCUGGUUACAGUAAGUGUUUAAUGGAAUCGCAGCUAUUGCCCGUGUAUAUAUCGAAACUACGCGAGAUUCAGUAUGCAGUUAGACAACAGAGCAUCAUAGCUACUCAGCAGGUUUUAUAUGCAUCAUUAAAUGCAAAUCACGAGCCAAUCAUUAUAACGGACGAUGUAUUUCGUAUCCAGUAUGCCAAUAAAGCUGCCGAACGAUUAUUCGAUGUCAAAGUGGAAGAAAUUCUGAGCCGUCCAUUGGUUGAUGUAACUCAUUUAAAUGAGACAGAGGUACAGUGCAUCAAUGUAGCUGCGUCAACAUCAGCCGAAUUCGAUUUAAAAUUGUCUGUAAAACGGAAAUCGUCGGAUGCGCAGAGUGUUAAUUGUCAUUUUAAGGCUGUUACAUGCAUUGGACGGAAACCAACACAUUUUCUUAUCACAUUUGGAAUGACGCCGAACAAUUCAACCGUUACAGAUCAUAUGGCCAAUGAUGCAUCGAUCAAUCCAGUUCAGUCAACCUCCAGUCUGUCCGCACUACAGCAAUCUCAGACAACAUCGUCAAUGCCAAAACCAAAUUCCGAACCUCGUGGCUCACUGCAUGGCAGCAUCAGACGCGGUUCAUAUACAUCGCUGGGCUUUGAUGCGAGAUCAAUCGCAUCGGAAAAUAUUCGUCGAACAAGUUUGGCCAAACUAUCGGCACUGCCACUUGAAGCACCAAUAACGAAAGUGGUUUCAAUCUUGAGUCAAGUACAAGAGAGCUGUUCACCCGAUGAAGCAAAACUCUUAGACAAAGUGAUGGAAUUUUUGAAACGUGAAGGACUUUAUAGCCCCCAAGUAAAAGACAUGCGAACCGACGAUCCAGUUGCAACCGAUUUGAUCGGCGCUCUUUUAACGCAAGGGCCUUCAAACACACUGUCAUCCCGACGCUCAUCGAACGAUUCAGUGGUGCGAACGACGAAUCGUCAAGGCUCUGUGCUGCUACCGUUGAAAGGAAAAGGCAAUUCCAUUGUGAAUGAUUUGCUUCAAAGUUGUCUAGAUUGGAAUUUCGAUAUAUUUCGCCUGGAGCAAUUGAGUGAGCGACAUCCACUAGUUUUUUUGGGCAUGGAACUAUUUCGCAGAUUUGAGGUAUUUGCAGCAUUCAACAUUGACGAGAGAACGUGCAAGGCUUGGUUAAGCGUAAUCGAGGCUCACUAUCAUUCAACUAAUACAUACCACAAUAGCACGCAUGCGGCUGAUGUUAUGCAAGCGACGGCCGUGUUCCUAUGCAAACUCCAACAGAGAGACAGCCAAUUAAUGGAUCGCAUCGACGAAGCGACCGCCUUAGUAUCAGCUGCUGCACAUGACAUUGAUCACCCGGGCCGUUCAUCGGCAUUUUUAUGCAAUUCAAACAGUUCACUUGCGAUUCUAUACAAUGAUACCUGCGUACUUGAGUCUCAUCAUGCCGCUCUUAUGUUCCAUUUGACGCUGAACGAUGACAAAAUUAAUAUCUUUAAAAAUUUAGACCGUGAAACGUAUAAGCUGGUGCGAUCCGUUAUUAUUGAUAUGAUUUUAGCGACCGAAAUGACGCGCCAUUUUGAGCAUUUGGCCAAAUUUGUGAGCGUUUUUGGCACGGAAAACGAACACGAAGUGCACACGGAUUCAGACGAUAAUCAUAUGUUAAUUAGGCGUAUGCUAAUCAAAUGUGCUGAUGUCAGCAACCCGGCGCGACCAUUCCGAUUCUGCGCAGAAUGGGCCGAACGGAUCGCCGAAGAGUACUUCACACAGACGGACGAAGAGAAACGAUUUGGCCUACCGAUUGUCAUGCCAAUGUUCGAUCGAUCGACGUGCAGCAUAGCAAAGAGUCAAAUUGGUUUCAUUGAAUUCAUCAUUCAGGAUAUGAUGAAAGCCUGGGAUGGUUUCAUUCGAAUGCCACAACUAAUCACAUGCAUGGAAUAUAAUUACAUCCAAUGGAAGCAGCGUGAUGUGCAGCCUUCUUGAAUGAACCCAACACAUACACACAAUUAUAUCUGUUUUCUAUUAUAGAUUUCAUGUAUUUAUUUUGAACAUUUUUAUUUGGUUGUUUGACGUACAGCCGCAAGGAAUUAAACAUUCGUCUUUUUUUCUCUCAUCUAUGGAGCCAAAUUAUCCAUUGCUGUUUCUAAUCAAAAUCGUUGUGUUCGCUUUUUGUUUAUCAUGAUGCAAGUAUCGACUUCGGAAUGGUUGAAAUACAAAUGUGAAAAUUCGCAUUAAUUGACUUAGAUGGAAAAAACGAACAGAAAUUCCCUUAUUCGGCAAAACAUUCACAUUAUUUUGUCGAUGAUUAACGUGAUCUACAACUCAUUCAAGACUGUGUAUUAUACAGUGUAUAAUUGCAUAUACGCAUUACUAUAGUGUAUUACUCUAUACAGUGAUUGAUUUUUCAUUUAUUUCAGAUGAUGUCUUCUUACAAUCUAUGUUGGCAAAUUCAAUACUAUCAAUUUCAAAUUAACACUAAUUGGUCAUCAAAUCUAGAUAAAUAAAUUUUAGUCCAAACAUGGCACCACAACCAGACAACAUACCGCCGCCGAAGGCCGAUUUCACAGCACCACCACCAUAUGAGGCAGGUGAUUAUACAUCGACUGCUCCGCCACCAAUUGAGCCCAGUAAAUUACCCACAUACGAAGAGGUGCAAUUGGAGAAAAGUCUCCAUGGGGAACCGAUCCAACCGCAAAUAUUGCCACCAUCGAUAUGUGCACAACCGCAUCACACCGCAAACACGGGCAAUGUCACAUUUAUUGCCAUUGCCGAUACCACGGAUCCAGAAAAUAUCACAUCCGACAACAGUUUAUUGGGAACAGAUAUAAUUUUUGUGACCGCAUUUCUCAUUGCAUUCCUAUUCAAUUGGAUUGGAUUCUUAAUGUUGACAUGCUUCUGUCACACAAUUGCUGCGCGAUACGGUGCUCUCUCCGGAUUCGGUUUGUCUCUAGCCAAGUGGACGCUCAUUGUCAAACACAACACCGAUUUGGCAUCGCAUGAAAACUCUUGGCUAUGGUGGCUUAUAAUGGCGUUCGGAUUUUUGAUUUGUGUUCGAGCCUUAGUACAAUAUGUGAGCAUUAAGCGAACAUGGCGUCUACUAUCGGCAUCGGCACAAGAACGAUUGCUAUUCUUCUACUGAAACCGAUCCAUCUUGUGCAUUUAAUGUAAGAAUUAUUCUGUGUAUGGGAAACAAAAACAAAACAAAAAACAUCAAAAUCGAAAAGAGAAUAGAAAUGAAAAGUUUAUUCAGAACUAAUGAUCUGAAGGCUACUCUUUGAAGGAAAACUACUUGUAAAACCUUAAUCUCGAAUGUGUCAUUCUUUAUUUACUAAGAAGUGUUGAUCCAUUGAACUUUAUUUGAAGAUACAAUUUACACACCAAUUACGUUCACACGAGUUUUUGUCAAAGGCGAAACGGACUGAAUAUUACGGCUGCUACAGUUGCUUGUGUGUCGUACAGCGGAUAAAUGAUAGAUAAUAUGUGAAAUUUAUAUUUUCUUCGUCUUUGCAAUUGGAAUAUUAUUUUUUUUUCUUGGUCAAUUGACGUGAUUGCCCCGAAUUCUACUGGUUAGAAAGCAACGAAAUCCAAUGUACACAUAAACACAGCAGCACACCAUUUUAUUCAGCCAUUUUCGCUUUAUUUUUCUUGUUUGUUUGACUGCAGUGAGAUGAGCCGAAUUUAGUUCACAAUAUAUUCUUAUUGCAGUAUUUUUUUUUAGAAAUUUCCACAAUCUCUCCUUUUAUGACUAUUAUUCCCUUUUUGAAAAAUGAAUUAUAUUUUUUUCUUUGGUUUUUAUCUAAUGAUAUGUGCUAUACGUCAGAACACACAUGUAUUUAUUGAGUCAUUUGAACUGUAUUAAAAUAUCAAAAUAUGUGGUUAUAAUUUAGGCUGAUGAUAUAAAUGUUUUAGUGGUAAGGCAAAAAAAAAAAGAAUUUUAAUAUAAAAAUUAACAAAAGAGUAAACCUACGUAAA